UCGGCGUUGAUCUAGCGAACUCGAUCUGACCACAAAACUCUCCCACCUUCACGAUGCGUCAGUGCUGAAGACUGCUUAUCGAGCGAUGCCCGCCGACUCGAACAUUCUCCACGGCCUACAACUUACGAGAAGCGAAAGACUCGUCAUCGUCACACUUUCCUACAUCUUCAUCUCCCCGGUGGCGUGGAACAGGGGCAAGAGACUGAUAGCAUACCUGCUUUCAUCACCUGAAGAAAGACGACGUCAACGAGCCGAACGAGUUUUGCGGCAGGUCGACGAAGCCUAGACCAGCAUGUCCGCAUCACACGUCUUCGUAUUGGACUCGACAUUCAAGAGAACGCAGGUGAAAGUCACGCCGGGAAAGUACUUGAAAGAAGUGCUGGAAGAGGCUUGCAAGGCGAGGAAAUGGAAUCCUGAAUCAUAUGCGCUGAAGACACAAACGAAUAAGACGGUGGAUUUGUCACAACCAUUCAGGCUAUCAGGCUUGUCAGGAGGCGCAAAGCUCACGUUAAUACAAGCGAGUCGAUCGCCGAGCGUGGUAAAUGUGGCUUUACAACUGCCAGAGAGUGAGGGAGGAGGCAGACUGAGCGACAAAUUCCCAAGCACGACAAGUCUUUGGCUUGUGUUGCGGAAGUACGAGGAUGCGGUGGCCGGACAGCCACCUAGGAAGUUGAACCUCACACAGAGAGGCGUACCUCCAGUCGGAUCAUCUGGAGCUGGACAGUUGGAAUACGAGCAGCCAUGUCUGCAUCUCAUGGGCAGGAAUAUGGAGACCUUCGGCGAUCUGCAGAAGUCGUUCGCGCAGCUCGGGAUCAAUGACGGGAGUGUGCUCAUGCGAUUGACGUUCAAGCGUAAUGGGAGGCUUCUGGAAGAAGCCAUGAAGGAGAUCGAGGAGCACUUUCAGUCAGUAGACACCGUUCCAGCAGGUGUUGGGUCAAGCGCAUCACAGGCCGCGCCAGGAACACACGCCACCGCUCCCGGGUCGUUGCAAAGCCUCCCCGAUGCCGACGCAGAUAAUGCCGGUGACGACGUAAUUGCGUCAUCUUCAAUAACACAGCCUGGCUCAUCAACGAACGAGGAGCCUCUGAACGGGAUUGCGGUGUACCUGCCGCCAUCAUCGAGCACUCCCGCAGCAGCGCUCCAAGAAGACGAUCCAGCACUAUUCGAGCCCAGCAUUGAUCACGCAAAGGCGCAUCAAGCGGCUCUGACCCGCAUGACUCGCAACACACGUCUACUCUCUGACAAAGAGCUCGCCGAGCAGGAAGAAACACGACAAGCAAGCCUCGCUCAGGUCAACACUGUGACUGUCCGCGUACGGUAUCCCGACCAAAGCAUGAUCGAGACCACUGUCUCCGCAACGUCCACCGCCGCCGAGCUGUACGCCCAGGUAGCCGGCACUCUCGCCUCGACUGCUGAUGCACAAGGCAAAUUCGAACUUCGCUACACCGGUGCCAAAGGCCAUCAGACUCUUCCCGACUCCACUUCGCAGCGUCUAGUGCGUGACUUUGGGUUUCGAGGCAAGGUGCUGGUGACACUGAUUUGGAAGCCUGAAGCAAGUGCGCAAGCGAGACAGGGGCCAAGUCUGAAGGAGGAGUAUCGCAGUCGGGCAAAAGACUUGAAGGUGGAACUUGCGACGCAGCAGGCAGCCGGCGAGGAGAGUCACAAGGCUGCGAUGAACAAGAAAGAAUCUGGUGCGGCUGCUAGCAAGGGUAAAGGUGGUGGAGACGUCGAGGCGAAGAUGAAGAAGUUCUUGGGGUUCGGGAAGAAGAAGUGA